CCAUCCAAUCUUAAUUGACGAUGACGGAGAUUGAAUUCGAGUUUGGAAAGAUCUGAGCAUACCCAAUUAAAAAAAAAAAAAAAAAAAAAAUCCGAUUAUCAGAGCAGUUGUCGGUUGUGGGUAAGAGAAUGGCCGCAAAAGAAGGAGAAGGUGAAGAGUUUGUGUACAGAAUCAGUACAGCUCAAGAGUGGGAAGAGUUGCAGAAGAAUGGAUCUAUCUUUGGUGGAGACCUCGACAAGUCUACUGGUUGCAUCCACCUGAGUAAACUCGAUCAGGUGCAGGCAACGCUACAAAACUUUUUCCUAAACACUAAGGUGGAUUUGUACCUUCUCCAAAUUGAUGCUAAAAAGCUUGGGGAUGGAUUGAUCUAUGAACUUGUGGAUGGUUCAAAUAGCUUCCCUCAUUUCUAUGGCCCAUCCAAAAGUUUUGCUCCUCUCCCAUUAGAGGCAGUUGCAAAAGCAGAGAAAUUGUCUCUAUCAGAUGGUCGAUUCAGUUGUUGUUUCCUGAAUUAAAUGGUACUGCUGAGUAGCUUUGUAUUGGCUUUGAAUAUGAUUUCAUAACAUGUGGAGUAGGUGCAACAGGAAAUAAAUUGAGUUGGUUUAUUAUGUAUGUUAAAUAAUAAUUAUGAUGGUCUGUUUCCUGUGCUCAACAUGAUGGAGAACCACAAGGUCUUUCUAUGUGGAAAUUAACUUAUAUAUGAAUAAAUCAUUCACGCAUUUAUU